AUGUCGCAAUCAUUCAGCACCACCGUCAAGGACUUACAAAAUGAUAUGUACUACGGUAAUGAAGUACUCAACCGUGUUUCGUUCCUUAGAGAAGAUACCGAGUUCAUUUCCAAAUCGUUAUUCCAUCCAUCCACUCGAUUCAUUUUCUUCAACAAGCAAAAUCCAUUAGUGCACAAGAAUUUCCCCAAUAUGUUGGCCAUUAUGACUAAUGGUGAUAACCAAAUUUGUGUUGACCAAAUUGAACCUGGACAGUCGAAUAACAUUGGAUAUAUCGGCAAUUUACAAUUUCUUCCUCGUGGGUUAAUGAACCAUGUUUCUCAUUGGAAGGAGAUUUUGCAUACUUGGAGUGAAGAUAACAAGAACAUGAAUAAAGAGUUGAGAAGUCCAGGGAAGCCAACUUUUUUGUUUAUGGGACUUCUUGAUGAAUCUGUGGGGUUGGAUAUCAACUCAUUAAAAGUGGAUUGUGAAUUGAAUGGAGAUGAAAAGUAUUUGGAUCAUCAAGGCAGGUAUCAAGGUAUUGCUUAUUUUGCGGUUGACGUAUCUUCCAAUAAGGAGUUGUGUCGUAACUUGGUUCAUUUUGUUAAUGAUUCAAUUAAUGAAAAACAACACACUGAAAAGACACCUGAGGAAAAUGGUGUCUUUUUCACCCAUUCAAGAAAACAUUUUCUAACUUUUGAGUCAAAGGAAGCUAGUUUGUUUAGUCAAGGAGCAAUGUUUUUCCAUUGGUUGACUACCAACAAGUUUUGUCCUGGUUGUGGUCAUCCAACUAUACCUAUUCACGCAGGUGGGAAAUUGUACUGUACCAAUGAGGAGACUGUAAGUAGCGAUGACGCUACCGCUGCCGCUGCCAGUGACAAGCCCGAUGCGAGAUCAGUGUGUCCUGUGAAAAGUGCACCGGUAUCAAACGUCUCCUUCCCAAGAACAGAUAUGGCGGUAAUAUCAAUAAUCACCAACACUGAUCGAUCCAAGAUCUUGCUUUCUUUGGGCAAAAGACAUUUCACUUCGAAAAUGUAUUCAUGUACUGCUGGAUUCAUGGAACCUAGUGAAACAGUUGAAGUUGCCACCAAGAGAGAAAUUUGGGAAGAAACUGGAGUCACUUGUGACCAAGUCAAUGUGGUAAUGACACAACCAUGGCCGUUCCCAUCGAACUUGAUGAUUGGAUGUGUUGGUGUAGUUGAGUUUAAUGGAACCAAUGAAUUGAUCCAUUUAGGUCACGAUAAUGAGUUGUUGGAUGCUAGAUGGUUUGAUACUUCAUUUGUACGUAAAUUGGUGUAUCCUGAACAAGUGACUGAUGCUGAUAAACAUUUCAACCCCGAAGGUAUUAUGAUUCCUAUGGGACAAUCAAUCGCUUACGACUUGAUUAAAAUGUGUGUUGAUGAAGAAGAGGAAAAGCAAAAAGAAGAUUAUAAGUUAUAG